GCUCCACAUGUUGACAGCGCCUGCUGCUGCUGCUACCGUCCCAGUUGCUGUUCGUUCUUUUACGGGUCCAAGACCCAACAGCGCUUUCUCGAUCCGCACCAAGAAAGGCCAGGGCUUUGGAUACCUUCUUUUGGGUAAUUCGAAGCUCCAUUCAAUCCAAAGCGCCGUUUCUCCGGCUAGAUUGGAGAGGGUGGAUGAGAGUCGAAUUUUGACCCUAGACAGUAUACGACACUCUCUGAUACGCCAAGAAGAUAGCAUUAUUUUUGGCCUUCUUGAGAGAGCCCAAUACUGUUUCAAUGCUGAUACCUAUGGCCAAAAUGUAUUCACCAAGGAUGGCUCCUUAGUUGAAUUUAUGGUCAGGGAGACUGAGAAGCUUCAUGCACAGGUCGGAAGAUACAAAAGUCCUGAUGAACAUCCCUUUUUCCCGGAGGAUCUCCCUGAGCCAAUGCUACCACCUAUACAAUAUCCAAAGGUUUUGCACCCAAUUGCUGACUCAAUAAAUAUAAACAAGAAGAUAUGGGAAAUGUACUUCGGUAGGCUCCUGCCGAGGUUAGUUAAAGAAGGAGAUGAUGGAAACUGUGGUUCAUCUGCUGUUUGUGACACCAUAUGCUUACAGGCUCUAUCCAAGAGAAUACAUUAUGGCAAAUUCGUAGCAGAGGCAAAAUUCCAAGAAGCCCCCGAUGUCUAUCAACCUGCAAUAAGAGCACAAGAUGGCGAUCAACUCAUGAGGUUACUAACAUAUGAAUCAGUAGAAGCUGCAAUUACGCAGAGAGUUGAGGCAAAGGCCAAAGCAUAUGGCCAGGAGGUGACAAUUGGUGAUCAGAGUCAGAAAAAUGAGAACUCUGCCGCCUAUAAAAUCAAGCCGAAGUUAGUAGCUGAUCUCUAUGGGAAGUGGAUUAUGCCACUGACAAAGGAAGUGCAGGUUGCAUAUUUGCUAAGAAGAUUGGAUUGAAAAUUAUGCAGAUAUAUUGGUGAAUGCAAUGCAUUUAUAAGAUUGGGGAUGGUUAUGUUGCUCUCAUAUGUUCAUACACUUGGUUAAAGUUAGGAUCUGAGUCAAGAUUAGAUUGAUCUUGGGCUGUUGUUGGAUCCGGCAUAUCUGACAAUUUCAUGUUAAAAGAAGAAAAGGAUAAUGAAGGUGUGAAUUGAAGCCAAUACUGGAUUAGCUAUGAAAAUGAAUGGAAAUAGUUUUUUUUUCCUGUCUAUGUAUGAGAUUUCACGUGUAUACGGGAUGAUUAUUACAUAAUUCACAAGUCUACGUAUGAGAUUUCACGUGUAUACACCGUUAUUAUUACAUAAUUCACAAGUC